AUGCCUCACCAUUUACAUUUCGUUAAGCAGCGACCUUCAACCACCAACCAUGCUGCAUCACAAGUGCCUAAAAUCUUUGACGCUGUGGAUAGCGCAUCGAUCUCAUCGAGUACAGAAAGUAUAUCCAAUCAAACCACGACCUCUGAAGCCAAGACAGACCCUCAGUCCGAUGAGGUGCCCAUAUACUAUGUGAACAACGUGGCAUACAGGCGACAGAAAGCCAGUACCGAGAACGACCCUCUGAUCGACACCACGGCUGCCCUGGCACUACAUUCCAAGAAGACAGCCCGACUUCAAAGACGACAGCAAAAGAAGCAGGCUCGGAAAGUGCGGUCCGAGGUUCAGUCGUUCCUAGAUCUCCCACAGGAGUUACUGUCGAUGAUACUGAGCUUCCUGCAACCUUCUGAUAUUUUCCAUUUACUUCGCCUCAACCAGUCCAUGCGCAUGUUUAUUUCAGAUAAUGAGCGAGCAAUUGCUGAUGACAUCAUGAACCGUCACUACUGGGUCCUUAGGCAGUGCUUUCCGCCACCUGUGUCACUCGAUCAAGUUCCUCCUGUAGCUCGACCAGCGCUUAUGAAUGAGCAACGGCAGGGCCGGGGUCGAAUCCACAAGAUCCAAUAUCAACACAUCAAACAGAUCGAUCCCUCGAGUGUGUGCACGUGUAUGAGUUGCGUCCUCUCCUGGAACAAUCUCAACAUUGUCCUCGACCUUGCUCAUUGGCAAAAGAACUUGGAAAACCGCGAACCUUUACCAAUAAUCCCGCCAGGACGCAAUCCAGAUUGGAAUGUGAAACUUCUGGAUCGACAUGCUGCAAUUGUCACGAAGGCGACGAGAAGCCCGCUCACCUAUGCACGGAUCCUGCAAAUCCACCUCGACACAACUACUCGCACGAUAAUCCGGUUUGGCAAAUGGGAAAUGAAAAGAGACAAGACGCGAAGAUCUGAGCCUCGACUGUAUCAGCUCACUGAUGCAGAAGUCGCCGCGGGGACUGAUGAGUUUCUCGAACGCAAAGGACCACCCAGCUACCAACCGCUUUAUAUGCGCGAUAAUUAUUACACCGUUGGGGCAUUUGUGCCACACCGUAAGUGGGACAGGGACGAGCAGAAGUGGUACUACUAUGCAAAAUGGCCGCGUCCACAUGAGAAUGAUUUGAACUGGAUCGUGGCGAGAUUCACGCCGAAAUAA